AUAAACUGAACUCUCCUUUCUCCUUCUCUUCUUCUUAUCUGUCGAUGACAUCUCCGUUGAGGAUUAUCCAGUACACCGGCGACCUCACCGCGGCAGAGCCGCCUGCUUCCGUCGCCGUCGACACCGACCUGAUCGUGAUCAUCACUUCCCUCCUCUGCGCCCUCGUCUGCGUCGUCGGCCUCGCCCUCGUCGCCCGCUUCGCCUCACUCCUUCGGCCAUCCCCCGCCGUCGCCGCCCCCGAAUCCUCCGCCCUGCUCGUCCAAGCGCCGUUGGCGGGGGCGGGGACCGUCAAUCCCGGGAUCACGCAGAGCAUCCUCCGCUCGCUGCCCACGCUCUCGUUCGGCUCUUCCUCCUCCGCCGGCGCCGCCGCCGCGAAGAAGCUGGCGGAGCUCUGCGCCAUCUGCCUCGCGGAGUUCAUGGACGGGGACCGGGUGAGGGUGCUCCCGCAGUGCGGCCACGGCUUCCACGCGGUGUGCGUCGACAUGUGGCUGGGGUCUCACCAGUCCUGCCCCUCUUGCCGCCGGAUCCUGGUCGUGCCCCCCUCAAAUAGGGACUGCGACGACGGCGAGCCGAGCUCCGCCGGCGAGUACAGUCCCGGCGUCCCGUAAGCGAGCAUGUCACUGAAAGAAGACCAAAUACUUUAAAGGGAGAAAUUGAGCAACAAAAUCUAUAGAUUCCUGUUUAAAAUAGACGAUCAGUAUAUCUAGUGAUCAUUAAUGACUGAACUGAAAAAAAAAA